GACACCAGACGGAACAGCUCGAUCCUUGCCACCUCUUCUCGCCGCAGCCCGACAUAGACGUCGAGGUUUUGCCGCAGCCAGAGCUAAGUCUCGGACUUUCUCCUCCUGGUUCUCGGCAGAUCACCCGCUCAGCAGGUUCUGCGUAUCGCCGCGAAGAUGAAGCUGGUUCCCGUCGCCCUAAUAUACUUGGGCUCGCUAGUCUUCCUAGGCGCGGAUACCGCACCGCUUGAUGUGGCGUCCGAGUUCCGAAAGAAAUGGAAUAAGUGGGCUCUAAGUCGUGGAAAGAGGGAACUGCGGGUGUCCAGCAGCUACCCCACCGGGCUUGCUGAAAUGAAGGCCGGGUCUACCCAGACUUUCAUUCGGCCCCAGGACGUUAAGGGCGCCUCUCGCAUUCCCCAGGACAGCAGCCCGUCUGCCGCCCGCGUCCGAGUCAAGCGCUACCGCCAGAGCAUGAAUAACUUCCAGAGUCUGCGGAGCUUUGGUUGCCGCUUCGGGACAUGCACGGUGCAGAAACUGGCGCACCAGAUAUACCAGUUCACAGACAAGGACAAAGACGGCGUCGCCCCCAGGAACAAGAUCAGCCCUCAGGGCUACGGCCGCCGGCGCCGACGCUCCUUGCCUGAGACCGGCCCGGCCCGGACUCUGUUGUCUCCGGAGCCAGUGGCACGCGCGUCCUCCGUCUCCCGGGCGCACUAAGUGCUCGCCUCCCUGCUCAGGAUUUAGGCGCCUGUGGCCGCCGAGGACAGGCGCGCGAGCAUCGCGCUGGCGCCUCCCCGGGCAGAGGGCUUCCCCAAACCAAGGCCCUCAGCCGGAUCGGGACGGGUCUGAGCAGGAGCCUUGCAAAGACGCGAGUCGGGUAGGGACCGUCGGACAGCUAGCCCUGACUUUGCAGGGAACCCCUCCUCGGCGCUCCCUUUGCCCCAAUAGGGCCCGAGUGCCCCGUGGGGGUGGGGGGUGGGGGUCAGAGGAAUACGGGGGAGUGUCCCCCAGGUUCAUCGAAACGAGAAACUGAGACUUAAAUGCUGAGACCCCUGGGGCAAGGGUCUGAGCCGCUGCCGUAUCCGCCCACAAACUGAUUUUUCACGGGGUGUCACCCCACCGGGGUGCAAGCCUCCCUAUUACUUGAACUUUCCAAAAUCUAGAGGAAAAGUGCAAUGCGUGUUGUAUAUACAGAGGUAACUAUCAAUAUUUAAAGUUUGUUGCUGUCGAGAUUUUUUUUGUAACUUCAAAUAUAGAGAUAUUUUUGUACGUUAUAUAUUGUAUUAAGGGCAUUUUAAAGCAAUUGUAUUGCCUCCCUCCCCCCUUAUUUUAAUACGUGAAUGUCUCGGCGAGGUGUAACGUUGUUUGCUGCGUGGAAUGUGUGAGAGUUUGUGUGUGAAAGAGAGACUGAUUACCUCCUGUGGAAGAAGGAAACACCGUGUAUAAUCUAUUUGCAUAAAAUGGGUGAUAUGCGAAACAGCAAACUAAUAAACUGUUUCAAU